AUGUCGAGGCCAAAGGGACUGUUAUGGCUUCCUUUGUUCUUCACUCCAGUUUGUGUCAUGUUGAACUCCAAUUUCCUUCUGUGGAUAACAGCACUUGCUAUAAGAUUUACACUUAUUGACAGCCAAGCACAAUAUCCUGUUGUAACCACAAAUUAUGGCAAAAUCCGUGGCCUAAGAACACCUUUGCCCAAUGAAAUUCUUGGUCCAGUGGAACAGUAUUUAGGUGUACCCUAUGCUUCUCCUCCCACUGGGGAGAGGCGAUUUCAACCCCCAGAACCUCCAUCCUCCUGGACAGGAGUUCGAAAUGCCACCCAAUUUGCUGCUGUCUGCCCUCAGCACCUGGAUGAGAGGUCAUUACUUCAUGAUAUGCUACCCAUCUGGUUUACCGCCAAUUUGGAUACUUUGAUGACCUAUGUUCAAGACCAAAAUGAAGACUGCCUGUACUUAAACAUCUAUGUUCCCACAGAGGAUGGAGCCAACACAAAGAAAAGCGCAGAUGAUAUAACCAGUAAUGAUCGUGGUGAAGAUGAAGACAUUCAUGAUCAGAACAGUAGGAAGCCGGUCAUGGUCUAUAUCCAUGGUGGGUCUUACAUGGAGGGAACUGGCAACAUGAUAGAUGGAAGCAUUCUAGCAAGCUAUGGAAAUGUCAUUGUCAUAACCCUGAACUACAGACUGGGAGUUUUAGGUUUUUUAAGUACGGGGGACCAGGCAGCAAAAGGCAAUUAUGGAUUACUUGACCAAAUCCAGGCUUUACGAUGGAUUGAAGAAAACAUUGGAUCUUUUGGAGGGGAUCCAAAAAGAGUUACUAUCUUUGGCUCAGGAGCAGGAGCAUCUUGUGUUAGCCUCUUGACCUUGUCACACUAUUCAGAAGGUAAUAUGAUUUCUACUCAGACUGCAGGUCUGUUCCAAAAGGCAAUCAUACAGAGUGGAACAGCCCUGUCCAGCUGGGCAGUGAACUACCAGCCUGCCAAGUACACUCGGAUAUUGGCAGAUAAAGUGGGCUGCAACAUGCUGGAUACCACUGACAUGGUUGAAUGCCUUCGGAAUAAGAACUACAAAGAACUCAUUCAACAGACCAUUACUCCAGCCACAUACCACAUUGCCUUCGGGCCCGUGAUAGAUGGUGAUGUAAUUCCAGAUGACCCUCAGAUUCUAAUGGAGCAGGGGGAGUUCCUAAACUAUGACAUAAUGCUUGGCGUGAACCAAGGGGAAGGCUUAAAGUUUGUUGAUGGUAUUGUUGACAAUGAGGACGGCGUUUCUCCAAAUGAUUUUGACUUCUCUGUCUCCAACUUUGUGGACAAUCUGUAUGGUUAUCCAGAAGGAAAAGAUACCCUACGGGAGACAAUAAAGUUCAUGUACACUGACUGGGCGGAUAAAGAAAACCCUGAAACCCGCAGGAAGACCCUCGUUGCCCUUUUUACCGAUCACCAAUGGGUGGCUCCCGCCGUUGCCACAGCUGACCUCCAUGCCCAGUAUGGCUCCCCAACCUAUUUCUAUGCAUUCUAUCACCAUUGUCAAAGUGAAAUGAAGCCAAGCUGGGCAGAUUCCGCCCAUGGUGAUGAAGUUCCCUAUGUUUUUGGCAUUCCCAUGAUUGGUCCUACUGAACUCUUCAGCUGUAACUUCUCCAAGAAUGAUGUCAUGCUUAGCGCAGUGGUUAUGACAUACUGGACAAACUUCGCCAAAACUGGUGAUCCAAAUCAGCCAGUUCCACAAGAUACCAAGUUUAUCCACACAAAGCCCAAUCGUUUUGAAGAAGUUGCCUGGUCCAAGUAUAAUCCCAAAGACCAACUUUAUCUCCACAUUGGUCUGAAACCUCGGGUAAGGGAUCACUAUCGAGCCACCAAAGUCGCUUUCUGGUUGGAACUUGUACCUCAUUUACACAACCUGAAUGAGAUCUUUCAGUAUGUUUCCACAACCACAAAAGUCCCUCCUCCAGAUAUGACGUCAUUUCCUUAUGGCACCAGACGUUCUCCUGCAAAAAUCUGGCCAACUACCAAACGCCCAGCCAUCACACCUGCCAAUAAUCCAAAACAUUCAAAGGACCCUCAUAAAACCAACCCAGAGGAUACGACCGUGCUGAUCGAAACGAAACGAGAUUAUUCCACAGAGUUAAGCGUCACCAUUGCAGUGGGAGCCUCCUUGUUAUUCCUCAAUAUUUUAGCUUUUGCCGCCCUGUACUACAAAAAGGACAAAAGACGUCACGAAACACAUAGGCGUCCCAGUCCUCAAAGAAAUACAACCAACGACAUCGCUCACAUACAAAAUGAAGAGAUCAUGUCCUUACAGAUGAAACAGUUGGAGCACGAUCAUGAAUGCGAGUCUUUACAGGCACACGACACCCUGAGACUCACCUGCCCUCCCGACUAUACCCUUACUCUGAGAAGAUCCCCAGAUGACAUUCCGCUAAUGACACCCAAUACGAUAACCAUGAUUCCCAACACAUUAACAGGAAUGCAGCCUUUGCAUACUUUCAACACCUUCAGUGGAGGACAAAACAGUACUAAUUUACCCCAUGGACAUUCAACUACCAGGGUAUAGCUCUCCCAUUACCUUCCCCUCCCUUAUUCUCCUUCCCUCAGCAACGUGGAAGAAAGAAAAAGAAAAAAGAAAAAAAAAAGGAAUGUUUUUCAUCAAGCAGACUUCAGAUAAAAGGAGAAAGGGCAGUCAUUAUUUUCUUACUGACCCUCUUCAAAGGAACUUUCCAAAAUUAAAAAGAUCAACUUCAAACCCUGUGAAAUGUGA